UGGUUCUGAUUCUCGCGGUCCUCGCUUGAUCAUAAUGUUUGGGCAUGGAGAUAUUCGAGAUAAGCUGUCGGUGUUUAACAACGGUUUGUCCACACUCUCCUUGGUCGUGGGUUGUCGGGUGCUUUAGUCACAGCGUAAGAGGAGUUGUUGAGUUUAGGAACAUCGACGUGUGAAAAAGUUGAAGGAGUGACGUUAGGCUAUGGGUUUACUGACAUUCUGAUCGUGUACUGUUCCCGACCCAGGGAACAAUCCUUGGUGAAAUUCAUGUUGUCUGACUGUGAGUGUUAAUGGAGAAGAUUCACUAAAUGAUACGAACGUUCUCAGAAACAAGAGACAGUAUCCUGUUUUAAUUCUGACCAUGCAGUGAAGUGACAGAGAUCCAGAGAUCAUAAAACACCUAACGCAUAAAAAUGACAGCCAGUGGUCAACGGAGUGCUCCGAGUAAUGGCAAGCUUCGGGUUGUAAAGCUCGACUACAGUGUCACAUACCGGGACAACGACAGCCUUGAAGAUAACCUGACCUCUCACCUCGAAUCUCUGCAGAGAGUUCACUUCCGGGUAAAAAAAGACAAGGAUGAUGAAAUUCAAAAUUUAAAGAAGGACGUAGAAAAUAUCCAAAGUCUGAGAGAAGUAGUUAAUCAGAGAGAUACAAGCAAAGAAAUUUCAAACAUUUUUUCAAAAUCUAACAAAGAUCCAGAGGAGGGAGGCAAUGGAACACCCUCAUCAGAAACGUCUCGCGUAAGUCGAAGACUUCAGAAAGAAAGAGAAAGGUUCAGCGCAAAGAACCACUUUAAUGUUAUUCUGCCCAAAUGGAACCCUUUUUCUGAUAUAAGUGAUAGGAAACAAUAUGCACCAGUUUCAGUACCUAUUCAAAAAGUUACGGUCACAACACCGACAGAUGACAACAGAAGGCAGUCUAAAACCAAAGGAUACUUGCAGAUGACGUCAUCGUCUCGUCACAGACUAGCACGACCAAUGUCCGUUCCUGCCAAGAUGGAUUCAAGCAAAUCGUACGGCAGUGAGGCAACACGUUCCCAGAGUGCAUCGCGGUCUAGGCGGCAGCUGGAGGAGCUAAGUAGAAUUGAAUUAAGUUGGCAGGAACCUCAGCUCUUCACAGCAUUUGAUCAGAGACAGGGGUUCCUAUUAGAUUUAAAGAAGCAUCAGACGCAUCUUCAGACCAAGGUGUCAAACUUUGUUACAGAUAUGGAUCGUUUUAAUAAGCGCAACAAGAAGGAUGCACUGUCUAAAUACCUUGAUACGUAAUCUAUGUAUGACUCCAAAAAUAUAUCCCUUGUAGACACUUUGACGGUUCAUUGGAAACACUAGUGUCUGUUUCAAAGCGAAUUUUAAAUACUUCCAUCUUAACCUUCAUUGGACUUUUCAAAAUAUUCAUCAAGGCUUUUCGAGAUAUUGUCAGUGAAAAUUAUCUAAAUGCUGUAGUUACAUCACGAGUGUCAUGUGCAUCUCAUGGUUUUCGAGUCAAGCCGUGUCGUGUUCUGGCUUCUUUUAACUUGUUUUCAAUUUGAGAGCAACUGCUCAUAAACUUGAUGAAAUGUGAAA